ACACACACCACACAACACACACUCGUAUUUUUAUAAUUUAAUCUCAUUCAAAUUAAAUUCCCACUUCAUAUAUUUUUUUCUUGUCUUUGUUUGAAUUUCCAUCAUCCAUUCAAUUCAUGCUCAAUUGUGAACUUAUUAUCAUCAAUGGCACUUCCCUCAUUCAAACCACACAACAACCCCUUAUCAAAACAUUCCAAUUUCCAACAUUUAACUAACCCAACAACCUUAAUUCAAUCAUGGUCAUCAUCUUCCUCUAAACCCAACAACACUCUCACUCUAAUUUCCUCAAAGUUUCAAUCUUUAUUAUUACAUUGUUCCACUAAACCAGACACCAGCUCCAACAGCAACACUCAUCACAGCAAACAAAACCAUGAUGAACCCAAUUCACUUUCCAACAAUUCCCACAAGGAAUCACAACCACAAGAUCAAAAUCAAACAUUUUCAUCUUCAUCGCCUUCUUCUUCAACUACAAAUACCAGUACUUCUUUGUUUUCAAGAAGAGGGUUGGUGUUUGAUUUGGGUUUUUCAAACUCAUGGGACAGUGAAGACAUUGGAUCACCAGUAGUGAAAAGGUUUCAAAGUGAUGAAGAAGAGAGAUGGUACAUCUGGUACCAUGGAAAACCAAAAGGAAAACCUUCUUCUGAUUUAAUAGGGUUAGCAAUUUCAAGCAAUGGUGUUCAUUGGGAACGCGGUGGAGGCCCUGCAAAAUCAAGUACUGAUGUUGGUUUUGUGAUGAAUUGUGGUAAUAAUUGGUGGGGUUUUGAUACUCAUGGAAUUAGGCCUUCUGAAUUGGUAAUCAUGUCUAGUUAUAGAGUUAGAGGUUCAAAUCCUGUUUAUUGGCUUUAUUACACUGGUUAUAGUUCUGAAUCUGUAGAGUUUUGUGAUCAAUCUUUUAAGUUUAGUUUUGAUAACCCAAUUGGUUUAAAUGAUGAAUUUUUUUGUAAAAGUAAGAUUUUGAAGUCAUUGCCUGGUUUGGCUAUUAGUCAAGAUGGUAGGCAUUGGGCUAGAAUUGAAGGAGAGCAUCAUAGUGGAGCAUUGAUUGAUGUUGGUGAUGACAAAGAUUGGGAUUCUUUGUUUAUUUCUUCACCACAAGUUGUUUAUCAUGGAAAUGGUGACUUAAGGAUGUAUUAUCAUUCAUUUGAUUUGGAGAAAGGGGAAUUCGGUAUUGGGAUAGCUAGGUCAAGAGAUGGAAUAAGGUGGUUGAAGUUGGGGAAAAUUAUGGGGGGAGGUAAAGUUGGUUGUUUCGAUGAGUUCGGAGCGAUGAACGCGUGCGUAACGAGGAACAAGAUUGAUGGAAACUAUAUGAUGGCAUAUGAAGGUGUAGGUGGUGAUGGUAGGAGAUGUAUUGGUGUGGCUGUUUCUCCUGAUGGGUUGAAGGAAUGGGUUAGGCUUCAAGAUGAGGCUGUUUUGAAACCAUCAGAUGAAGGUUGUUGGGAUGAUAAAGAAGUUGGAUCACCUUGUUUUGUUUGUAUGGAUGAUGAAGAAAAUGAAUGGAGAUUGUAUUAUAGAGGUGUUGGUAAUGGAGGAAGAGUUGGAAUUGGAAUGGCUGUUUCUGAAGGGAAUGAUGUUAGAAGUUUUAGAAGAUGGACUGGUUUUCAUGUAUAAGUUAUUACAUGUAUGUCAUGUUCUGUUAUCAAUUAUUUAUAUUUUUUUUAACAAUACAAUAUCUAUAAUGUUUGGAUUGACAGUGACUUCAGUGAAAUUAUGGUGGUAGCGUGAUUUUGUUGAAACUUCAAAUUGUAGUUUUUAUCAAAAUUAUAGUAACACGUUGUCAUUCUA